UCAGGGUUUGCUCUACUUCUCCAAGGCUGAGAGUGGACGGUUCCAACCCGCGGAGAAGCGGCCCUCGUCCACCCAGCUUUGCCCACAAGGGGACUGGAUGGUGGAGCUGAAGGCCGCAGCAGGCAGAAAAUCUCAACCGCGUCAGAGAACAUGAGCCUCCAGCUGGUCAGAAUUGUUCUGCUCUUGCCUCUCCUCUCCAUAGCUUCCACCGAGAAUGAUCAGAAGAGAAGUCCUCCACCCUUUUCUGUGAUUCAGACACCUCCUUUUGUGAAUGUGAUGGAAGGAUCAGAUGUGACGUUGAGUUGCAGGGUGGAAGGCAACGUUGCUUCCAGGUCGUGGCAUAUAAUAUGGAUGAAGAUGGGACAGAAAGAACGGAUUAAAAAUUCAACCCAAAUUUCUGUAAUUGUGAAUGAAAUGAACAAAUCUAGUAUCUUAAUUCUGAAGGCAGCGAAAGUUGCCGAUUCUGGAACCUAUGAGUGUCAAACUGGUGACGCAGACAAUGAUCAAAAUGCGAAGAUAGAAGUGACAAUUUCAGAAAGGCCCAACGUGGUGGUGAGUCAGACCCCGGAACAUGUCAACGAAACCGAAGGGGCAAAUGUCACCAUUAGGUGCCAUUUUGGGACAGUUGCCAACCUCAGCCAGACGGAAGUGAAAUGGCAUAAAGACAGCCAGGAACUCAGCAGCCCAAAUGGCUCAAGGCAGUUAAACCCGGAAGAGACUCUUAGGCUGACGAAUGCAAAAGUGGAGGAUUCGGGAAACUACGUGUGUACAGUCAGGAUCGGAAACCGGAUAGGGUCGGGAAAUGCAACGCGCGUUCACAUCCGUGUUGCAAAUCUAUUGGUGAUACAGUUACCAUCUUUCAUCCAGUCAACAGAAGGGGAAAACCUCACUAUAGACUGUAGAGUCCAGGGGAAGGAAGCCAAACACCUCCCCGAUGUCACAUGGUAUAAGACUGCCUCUGAUGGAGAGAAGAGUUUGAUGACAAAUGCAACUACCUUUCUGAAAGGCCGGGCUUCUCUGUUUUUGAGGAACAUCAAAAAGGAGGACUCUGGAAACUAUACCUGUGAAGUUGAUAAAUAUGGUCAGGGGAAUGGCACAAGGGUGACAGUCCUUGCAGGACGUGAGAAGCCAUCACAGAAAGCCAACGUCAAUGCUGAUGGCAGGCAACCAGGCCAGCCCCCUGAAAGUAUCGGGAGUGGAGUCGGAAUCCCCGUGGGUAUUGGAGUAGCGGUGGGGACCCUCGUCUUCUUGCUGCUGCUGGGUGUUGUGGUGUGGAGAUCCAAGAGGAAAGGCAAAGAAACUUCAGGAACCCCCUCAGAGGUCAAUCCUGCUUUAAGCAGAGAAGCCAGAAAGCACACUUCUUUGACCAACCAAGUGAGUGAUAUGACGUACGCUGACCUCAGAUUCCACAAAAGGGAAGUUCAGCCAGAUGCUGAAGUUGUGUAUGCAGAAGUGAAAGUGGGUGCAAAACGGCCUGGGCACAAAGACAGAGCGACUCAGCUUGCAGGCCUUCACUGAGAGAAGAGGCAGAAGGGGUUAUUGAGAGACAAGCUGUCUUCAGAAGUUCCUGAGAUAUGCCCUACCAUGAAACUGAUUGGUUCCUCUUAAAAGGCCAUUGCCUUGACAAGUCUCCACCUGUUGUCUACGAAAGGAAGAAUUGUAGUCAGCCUCCCCUUUCCUGCUUCUGUAGGGAUGAACAACUCUGUCUUCUAAACUGAAGCCCUGAUGACUCACCUGCUUGUCUUCCAAAGGACAGCCUUCUCUCGAAAGGGCUGCCAUAGGAUCAUAUUCUGUGUAGAAGUGUCUUCUCUUGAGGACCUGGAAGGCAGACUGAGUGGGCCACCGGGACACAAUCUUCUCCACUAGGGUGAUAUGUUUUGCCUCUGACAUUGACAGUUGAAAACUCUUGCAAGCCUUUGAACUUGAACAGGGCUUCCAGAUGUGGGCUGCAAAAACCCAGAAGAACACAAGAUGGCAGAAAAGACAUCCAGGAAACUUUCUUUGUCUCCAUCUAACAGUCAUCUGAAUUUCUGCAGCCAACAUCUAACAGCCCUAAUCAUAGCAAUGUGGCAAAUGAACAUUUCCCAGAUCCGAUCCAUUUCUACUAGAAAUCCUCUCAAGGGAUGUGGCCCUCAGAAGUAAUCUGUAUGCAGAUCACAUGCUGGGCAUGGUUUAAGUGAGCAGGAGGUGGGCUAGAGCAAAAGUGGGCAGGGAACCCAACCUUUCUUUUUUUGACACACAUCCUAUCUCUUUUUCUUUUGGACAUCCUCUUCUCUUUCUCCUCACCUCUGCAUUAGAACUGAGUGUGGGAGAGGUUGAAAAGAGAGCUGUAUUUUCCUUUUUUUGCAUUAAAAACAGCUUUGGAGUUGGGGCAGCAAGGGGACAAUUGGGAGAUAUGCAACUGGAUUGUUCACAGGUUGCUCUUCCCACCACUGGGUGUCCCCCAGAUACUGUUCUGAUCAUUUAAAUCCCAGCCCCAAUUCUGCACCGCUAAAGUGGAAAAACUAAAGAUAGAAGAUUGAUUUUUUUUUCUACUGUCAGGUAGCAUGGCAAGAAUGUGGUUUGCCAGGUCAAGGAAACUAUGCAUGAAGAGCUAAUUUAUAGUAGGUUCCAUGAGGCUGCUUACAUUGUACCAGUUGGCUGGAGCAGAUAUGCCCUGCAUUUGGGGCCAUCUGUGCCAGUGGCUGCUUUUAACUAACAUUUGCUCAAUGUCAACUCACCCCUCUGCAGUACGGGGAUAAUGGUAGGGAGGAAACUUACAAGGAAAAGUGAGAGAGAUAAAGACUACAAAGCACUUUGAAACAUCCUUAAAAAAAUCAAUAUUAUUCUUGUAUAAACAUGAACCAGUUACCAGAAAAUAACCUGGGUUAAUAAGGCAAUAUUAAUAAAGUGUGCAUGUGUGUGUGUGUUGGGUAAGCCAUUAAUCUGCAAGUUUAGCUAGAACUACAUCCUGAACAUACAUUAGCUAGAAAUACAUCCCGAACUUCUCCAUUUGAAUUGGAAGCCUGCAAAAGCUUAUCAGAAAGCUGACUCUUGUUAAAGUCAACCCUUUAGACUGGCGACGAUCAGGGCAUAACAUUUUCACUUAUGCUCUGUUUUCAGGAAAUGGCACUGGACCUUAAGAGGUGAUAGGCAAGGUCCCAUAAAUUGAGCUGUUUUUCUUUGCAGAACCCCCCCCCCCCAUCUGCCCCUAGAUUAGCUACAAGGCUUUGCCUCCUGCGAAUUCUAUGACAUCACAGAAGUUUACCAAGUUAUCUGUGGACUUAUAGUUAGGUAGUUUACGAGCAACCACGCUUCCCUAGUCAUUCUGGCAGUUUCCUGCAAUUCUUCACCUUUCCUCUGCUUCCUCCUGGUUGAGCUUCCCAAACCCCAGAUUUUUUGUACUCCUAGCAGGCUUUUGCUAUGCUCUGGCGUUCAUGAGUUUGUCCAUCCCUCCUUGUCUUCAGUGACAUCACAGCAGUUCACCCAGUAGCAAGAGGAAGACUCUCAGAAGCCAACCAGCAAAUUCUCUCUCUUUCUCUUAAACUUUAAAGGAAGAGAAGGGGAAUACUUUGAAUUUAAAUUUGAUACUCAAUUUAUCAGUCUGCGAAGGAACCGCUAGGCUAAGCUGGCUCGAUUUAUCACUCUAAAAACACAUGAAAGCAUUUAAAAUGGCACCCACACAAGAAAUUUUCAAAGCUUUAAUGAUGGGAUUUGAGAAGAGAAGAGUUAAGAUAUCUUGUAGGCCAAAACAGGAGGAGGAGGAGGAGGUCGUCUGAGAGUUGAGAGUCUUAGUAUGUUUCACACAUGUAUCUAGCUUCAAAACUCAGAGGUUUUUAAAGUCUCACUCCAUCUAGAGAUUCAAGAAAUUGAAGUUUCUUCUCCUUGAUGCUUCCCUACCAGGAAGCUCCCAAAGGUUAUGGAGAGGAGAAAAGCGAAUAAUAGCCUAAGAGAAACAAAAUACUCUUCAAGGAUAUUUGGAAUUGUUUCCUUAAAUUCAUAUGGCUUUUGAGGAGCACUUCCCAGAAAUGACUCAAAGAAAGAAAUUAAAUAUAAAAUUUGAGGUGUUCAGCAAGACGAGGGUCCUUGGAAAGUUUCUCUUCCAACGCCAUGUAUCUCAGUGGUGCUUUCUCUUUAUGCCUGGGGAAGAAAGAAAAGCAAUUACUGUUCCAGUGCCACUAACUGUGUGUUACCCCUGAUGUUGGCUGUUUUUUUUUCAUGAUUCAAGCCAUAUCUAAAGUUGUCAGGCCCAGCCCAAUAAUGAUGAAACAGUCCAGUCGAGUACAGUUCCUUUAUUUGCUUACGCCUUAUAGACAGAAUCAAGCCAGACUCAGUCCAUACUAUUGCAACUAGUGGAUAUACCCUGGGAGAGUCUAGGGAAGGGCUGUCCUGAACCUCUUACUUCUCCCACGCUCCCC